AUGCCGAGGCGCAAGCAGGUGAAACCACAACACAUCAAGAUGGAGGACCAGGGCAAGCAACGACCACAGCAGCCGGCCCUGAAGUUGGGAGAUGUGGCCCCAGCAGUGCCUGCGGCAAGGGGGCUGGGUGCUCCAAUGAACCUAGGUACUGGUGAUGAGAUGAGUGGGGACCAAGUAAUGGUAAAGAGGCCUCAUUGGGAGGAGACUCACAUCUGUGAGAAAUGCUGUGGAGAGUUCUUUGGCUUCUCUCAGUUCUUAGAACAUCAGAAAUACUGCAUUAAACAUCCACCUGUCCUCAUUAUGAGUGACAGUGAGGGGCUGGUGCCUUUGGAAGACUUUUCUGGGGCCAUGCUGAGCCACCAGGCACAUGGUCCAAUUAGUAAGGGCAGUCACAGGGAGGGGAGCAGUAGCUCAGGGAACAGGAAGAAGCAGCCAGGGAUGGAGUCUGUUCUAUACUCAAAUAAGGAGACUGCUCUGCCCUCCCCACCCCAAGACUUAAGCUAUUUACCCAGAGGCAAAGUGACCAGCACUAACGUCACCCUUCAAGCACUACAGGGCACCACAGUGGCUGUGAAUCAGCGACGCGCGGAUGCGCUGCCCUCCCCCCAGCCCUGUGCUAGCAACAUCCCAUGGGUCCUGGAGCAGAUACUAUAUCUGCAGCAGCAGCAGCUACAGCAGAUCCAGCUCACUGAGCAGAUCCGCAUCCAGGUGAAUAUGUGGGCUGCCCAUGUCCUCCACUCCAGCGAGGCGGGAGCUGACCACCUUACAACCUUAGGCAGCCAUGUAUCCCAGCAGAUUUCUGCAGCAGUGGCUUUGCUCACCCAGAAAGCUGGAAGCCAAAGUCUGCCUCUGGACACCUUGAAACAAGCCAAGCUACCUCACACAAACAUACCUUCCACUACCAGCUCUAUGUCCCCGGGGCUGGUGUCCUUUGCCCUGAGGCCAGAUGAGUCAAGGGUGCUCCCGAACCACCUCCCAGGUGCUUUGCUACCUCAGGCGCCGAGCUCUGUGCUCUUCCAGAGCCCUUUCUCCACUGUGGCGUUAGAUCUGUCCAAGAAGGGGAAAGAGAAGCCACCCAACAUGCCCCCAGUGGGUGUCAUACCCAAAGACCAGGCCGCCCUCUACAGGCAUGUGUGUAAGUACUGUGGCAAGGUUUUUGGGACUGAUAGUUCCUUGCAGAUCCACCUCCGUUCUCAUACUGGAGAGAGACCCUUUAUGUGCUCUGUCUGUGGUCAUGGGUUCACAACUGAAGACAGCCUCAAGGUGCACUUUUAUCAACAUCUCCAGGUGAAGGCAAACCCCCAGCAGUUUGCCGAAUUCCACAACAAAAUGACAACAGGCAAUGAUGCUCCCUAUGCACUCUCUGUUCCUGUCCCUGUAGGUGAAUCGAGUCUCUCUUUAGAAAGCACACCUGUUCUGGUAACAGGGAACCCCAAUGUAGGUCUACCUCAGAAUCUGUCUUGGGGGACUAAUCCCAAGGACCUAAAGAGUGGCCCCCUGGCCAAUGACCUGCAGCUUGGGCCUUUUCCAGAGAGUGAGGAUGGAUCCGUGCUCUCUGCAGUGGGGCCAAACCAUAAUUCCCAGAGGGUCAGUGGUUUCCCAGGAGGAGGGACACCUGAGCCAGGGUCAGAGACCCUGAAGUUGCAACAGCUGGUAGAGAACAUUGACAAGGCCACCACUGACCCCAACACAUGUCUCAUUUGCCACCGUGCCUUUAGCUGCCAAAGCGCCCUCAGAAUGCAUUACCGCACCCACACCGAGCAGAGGCCAUUCCGAUGUAGGAUCUGUGACCGAGCCUUUUCCACCAAAGGCAACCUGAAGACACACUUGGAGGCUCACCAAACGAACACAUCCAUAAAGACGCAGUACUCAUGCCCCAUCUGCCAGAAGAAGUUUACCAAUGCGAUCAUGUUGCAGCAACACGUUCGGAUGCACAUGGGUGGUCAGAUUCCCAACACACCCCUGCCGGAGAACCCCUGUGACACUGCGGGUCCCGAGCUGAUGGUUGGUGAGAAUAGCACAAGUGCCACCUGUCAUGAUACCAAAAGAAUUGACGUAGAUGAAGUUGGCUCUCAGGAUGCCCCCAGCAGCUCCACAAAGGUCCCCAUGCCACUUUCUAGUGCCCACGUGGCAUCACCCACACUAGGGCUCAUCACGAUGACCCCCUUAGAUGCCCCAGGAAAGGCGGGCCCUGCUCCCCUGGUCCAGCAGCAGAGCAGCAGAGGAAAGGGUUUGGUGGAGAGUGGAGGCUUGAUAAAUGACUCCUUGCCCUCAGUGACGGGAGACCCGGAGUAUCAGGGCCGAAACCCAGAAGUCCUGGAGACCAUGCCCUUUCAGGCUGCCUCCCCAGUGAAGAGCCAGGCAGAAAGCCUCAAUCCCAAGUCUGAUGGUGGUGGCAAAGCAGAGAGCUCGGAGAAUAACUGCUCUGAGAUGGAAGGUUGGAGCAGUGUCCAAGCCCAGCCAACCUAUGUCAAAGUGGGUGGUGCAUUUGAAUCUACAACCGUCUCCCCAGGCAUGACGCCUUUGUUAGUGGGCCAACCAGACCAAGGCAAGCAGCAUGGCUGCACGCGGUACAGGAAGAUCCACUCAUCAGCCAGCACUCUUCAGAUUCGUGAGCAGACUCACACUGGGGAGAAGCCUUUCAUGUGUAACACAUGUGGGCAAGCUUUCACCACCAAAGGCAACUUGCAGGUCCACUAUAGGACUCAUGUUGACAAUAGUUCUGCACACUGUGGGAGGGAGCCAGCAAUUGACAACACCAUGGAUCUGUCAGGAGCAGAUGGAAAGCAGCUUCCUGAGAUGUCUCCGCAGGAAAUCAUGGCCCCUUCAAUGAACGUGGACCCUGUUAUGUGGAACCAGUAUACUACCAUGCCCAAUGAUGGCCUGGCCAUGAAGACCAACAAGAUCUCAGUGAUCCAGAGUAUAGGCAUUCCUACUCCCUCGGCUUCCCUGGGGGCCAGCUCCCUUGUCAGUAACACCCCUGUCACUAAGAUAGAUUCACAGCGUUCCCAAACACCAGUUCGCUCGCUCACUGGAGGAAAACAGUGA